AUGGGCAAUCUACCUCAGUUCCGUCUAAUUCAAUUAAAGCCAUUCAGUAAAGUCGGCGUGGAUUUUUCGGGCCCUUUUGAAGCGAAAGCAGACAUAAAGAUCAAAAUAACCAAAACCUAUAUAUGUAUAUUCGUCUGCCUGGUCACUACCGUAGUUCAUAUCGAACUCGUUUCCAAUUUAUCGACUCUUUUUUCAUCGCUGGAGAGACCCAAGUGGAAUCGUCCCGACAAGAACCUGCAACUCGAUGAUCUUGUCAUUAUCAAAGAACCGACUCCUCCGCUCAAAUGGAGUACCUCAAGAGUUAUCGAAGUACAUUCCGAAGACGACGGCAUUGUAGAUUGA